GUUCGCCAGAACCCGUUGCCGUGAACGGAUGAGAAGUUGAUAGAAAGAGAUUGCGGGAAUCAGAGAGAAGCAGAAGGCAUCCUUGCGCGCAAUUUACAAUCUCCGAGUGCUGCACUUGGAUGAGGACCGAAUGUUGGUACUAUUGUUUUAGUCGCUGUAAAUAUUUUCAGAAAAUAUAAGGGAUUUUAAUUGGAGCGAUCCUAAACCGCAGUCGUUGAGUAGAUGGAAAGCGAAAACGCAUUUGAUUGCAUCAUUUUGUGUGAUUCUCUGCUGGAAAAAGGAGCCGGUCGAAAGUGAAAGCUUGUUGCUAAGGGAAAUUUGCGCGUGCAAGAAGAUAGAAGCAAUAACCAAUAGAAGUGUGCUGCAAUUGGGAGCUGGUUGCAUACGGUUAUAGUGCGCUGUGGAAACCAAACCUCGGCAGCAACCAGACGUGUUUGUUUGUUUUGGUUUGUUUUAUCGAAAUCAACCUUCGAGCGUGUAUCGUUGUGUGAACAUCGUCGUUUAGGUCGUUGUUGUUGGUACUGUUUUCCACGGAGAACUACGAAGAGAUAGAAGCACAAGGCAACAGUAGCCAGUUUGUUCGUCGUCGGCGCGCCGUUGUCGCCAUUCUCGUCGCCAAGUUUUAUUAUAUUAAUAUUAUUAAGUGUGUCCUCGGUCCUCCGUCCGUUCGUCCGUUGUGUACAUGAGAUUGUGGGUAGCCUCGGUUGAGAAUCGACGCUGGAAGAAGUGGUGGUGAAAAGCAAUAAAGAGAAGCAGUUUGUUGCUUUUUUAUGUAUAUAACUGAUACAUAAGCGGUAGUAGAUUCUUCAGUGACUAACGAGAGACAAUCGGACACCGGCUCCCGAUAGGAGGCAUUAUCGAGCAACGGAAACGUAGGCGGUCACCUUUCGUCGUAUUUUUUUAUUCUCUUGCGUGUUUUCGUGUAAUUUCUGGUUGUUUUGCAGUUGGAUCGUGCUCGUUAUUGCAAGUUGACGAAAACAAUUUACCCACCGCAUCGCACACUGCACUCACCUUCUCCCAAGUCAUCCGGAGUGCCAUUCGCUCACAGUCAGUCCGUCAGUGUGAACCGCGUUGGUGAUUGAGUGUUUCAAGUGUCCAAAGAGGAAGAAGAUAAAGAAGCGAGCAGCGAGCAAAUUGUGCAAAACAAAAACAAUCAAAUUUUUCGUAAAGUGUGCGCUCGCGAGCGAGCAAAAUAAAAAAAAACGACAGUGAAAACAGAGCCGAUCGUGGGUUCGGUAUGAUAAGUGUGCACUCGUGAUCGUGAUAGUUGACAAAGUUGUCGCGAUAGGAUCAACUGAUGAUCGUGGAUUGCAAGCUGGUGGAUAAGAGGCGUAAAUUUUUCCUUUGAUUGGAGGUUCAUUGCCUGCGGCUGUUCAACGACGUCUGUUCCGGAGUCCGGCGGGAGCUAGUAAGCGAGAGUUCCUGCACCUGGGUCAUCUCCAUGUACUCAAUGGUGGACUCUUACAACGGCAUGGGUCAACUGGGUCCAGAGUACGGGUCAAAAAACUCACUGAUGGACAACACCGAACUGGACCAUGUCACAAAGGUGAUAGCGUAUCAUCCGCGCUACUUGGAGCACUAUCUCAACACGCAGAACUUUGUGAUGCACUGCGAUGGACCGCUGCCGUUCGAGUAUCGAUCCUACAUAGCCAUUAUGGCUGCCGCCAGGCAUAAGUGCACCUACCUGGUCAACUUGUACGAGAAGGAGUUCCUCAUGCACGGCGGCGACCGCAACUGGCUAAACGGGCUGGAUUACAUUCCCGCCAAACUACGUGCCAUAUCGGAUAUCAACAAAAUCCUAGCCCACCGUCCGUGGCUCCUCAAUAAGGAGCAUAUAGAGCGCUUGACCAAGGGUCAAAACAGUUGGUCACUUUCCGAAGUGGUGCACGCGAUCGUCCUGCUUGCCCACUUCCAUUCCCUGUCGUCUUUCGUAUUCUCCUGUGGCCUCACGCAGGAACUGGACACAUCUAGUCAACGGAUCGAAAACAACAAUGUUGUACCUCAAAAGACUGAAACCGAACAUAAUCAUCAUCAUCAUCAUCAUCUCUACCAAAACGGGCAGGAAGCAAUCAAACCACCGCCGCAAACCAUCGUCGAGGUGUCCGUCGACGCACUGAUGCAACGCAUGAAGAAGCUAUCGGAGAACAACACGGAGUGCACCGAGAUGGAGCUGAGCAAUCGGUUCAAGCACGUUGAAAUGCAGGCGGCCGAACUGCCGGCCGUGGUCCAGCGGGAACCUUCGCUGGAACAGCCGCAGCAGAUCGGGCACUACGUGGACGAUCCCAACUUCACAUAUCAGGACUUUGCCCGGCGCGGUGCGGAGAACAUUCCGCAGACCUUCCGGAUACAGGACUACUCGUGGGAUGACCAUGGGUACUCGCUCGUUAAUCGACUCUACAACGACGUUGGGUUCUAUCUGGACGACAAGUUUCGGUUGGCGUACAACCUGACGUACUACACCAUUGCGGGUCGGACCAACGUGGACACGUCCAAGUUUCGCCGAGCCAUCUGGAACUACAUCCAGUGCAUGUAUGGCAUCCGGUACGACGAUUACGACUACGGCGAAGUGAACCAGCUGCUCGAUCGGGCCCUGAAGAUGUUCAUCAAGACGGCCUGCUGCUUCCCGGAGCGGAUCACCAAAACCGACUACGAUAGCGUGCUAGUCGAGCUGCAGCACAGCGAGAAGGUUCACGUGAAUCUGAUGAUCUUGGAAGCACGCAACCAAGCAGAACUGCUCUACGCCCUCCGUGAAAUUAUGCGUUACAUGACAUGAUUGGAGUAAGGAAGAACAUUUGUGCGGACCAACGCCCAGCCGAGACGAGAUUGUUGUUGCUAGCAGCCCCCCUUUUUUGUAAUGUGUAGUUUUUGUAAGUGAAUAAUUAUGUAGUUUUUUUUUUUAAACUGUUGUCAGGUAACAGAGAAUUUAUACACACAAACAAGUCUAAUCGUAGGUAUAUGUUCUAAUAAUUUGUAGGGUAUUGCUUUUCAGUUGGGAAACAAUACGCAAAAGAAGCUGAAAGCUGAUAAGAGAAGGAAUAUUCAUCUGGUGAUAUACUUGUAGAGCAAGCAAAAAAGCAAAUGAUGUAACUAACCAACUUGUAGGAGGGAGUCCAGCAAGGACGGAAUACGAUCAGGGCAUUGAAGUAAUUUUAACACGUCCCGUAACAGGAUGAGAUAAUUAGUUGUUUGUUUUAAUUUGUAGCUAGGAAACAAAGAAUAUGAAAUAUCGGUCGAUGAUUAACCCACACGAAAGUCGCACAAAUCGAUUCCCUGUAGCGUAGAAGACAAAAAAUGGGAUAGCCGGAUGGAUUAUUUGGUGGUGCUUCACGUUCCGAAUUGAUCUCAACUCCGGUACGAAGUCUAGAUUAUUCAAGAUUUGCUGAUACCCCCUAGUUUUUUCUUCAUAUUUUUAACUAUCGCGUGAACGUUCAUUGAAUACCACCGGAUAAUGCCAUUUGGAAAGUCAUAAUUUGAUAACACAUUACUGUAUAAUUUCAACUAAACAUCCAAUCCCAACAUUCUAUCAAUACACUUCUUUGACGCGAAAGCAUAUAACAACGAUUGAUAUUAUAUCGAUCCUGUCGAACCUAGUCCAUGUUUUUAUUAAAUGCGACCGCCAAACAGUUUUAUAUUGUUUCGCGAAAAACAUCAAAAAAAAAAUGGAAAAACCUGUAUUACAAGACAUUUUUUCUAGGAAAAUGAAUGUGUUCAACCAUACAAAAAGCGAUAAAUUUGUCCAUGAAAUCGUAAUUUUGGAAUCUUUUGGAAAGAUUUAGAUUACUCCGAAUCGAAUUCGAUCGGACAAGGUUUUUCUUUUUCUAACAAUGUUCUUAUCAAUUUUCGGUGAUACUUUUUAGUCAAACUAACGCCGGACAUUAUAAGGUACACAGAUACACACAUACUAUAAAUACUGAUAAGCUUUUAUACACAAUCAAAUAUCGACAAAAAAAAAUGAUGAAAAUAUGAAGAUCUUAAGAAAAAUGUCGUUUCUAGAGAAGUAGACGAAGAAGACGAGUGAAUCGAUGAAAACAAACCUAUUAUAGAAAAAAUGUGAUUCGUUUGUGAUGGAA